AGCCCUUCAGAUGCAUCUUGUCCGCCGGUUUUAGCUACAGGAAGAAGAGCAUCAGGAAACGUCAGCACACAGCACCUGUCAGAAACAGAAAUGGCUACAGGAGUGGAUCAAGCAGUUGGCAUGAGUCUUGUUGUCUUCAGCCUCCUGCUGUUUACAUACUACUCAGUCUGGGUCAUCAUCCUGCCUUUUGUGGACGGUGAUCAUGUACUGCACAAGUACUUUCUCCCUCGGGAGUACUCCGUCAUUCUGCCCGGCAUCGCAGCAGUAGUACUGCUCCUCUGUAUAGGGGCCUUCACUGCAGUUGUCAUGUGGAAGAGUCGCAAGCCGAAGAAAGUGGACUAAGCGGCCCUCGCGAACAAAACCAUACCUCCAUUCUCUAAUAAUGGCUCCUGCAUGGUUGACAAAGUUAUAUUUGUUGAAAAGAAAGAUUUAUUUUAUAUUUUUGUUUUGUUUUCAGUUCAGUAGAAACCAGCAGCUGUGUUUUGAAGCCACUACUGUAUGUGUCAAAUGUGAAAAACUUUGACUUUGGCACCCCUGAGUGGCAGCAUAAAAAAAUACACUGGGGUUGAGUGUGCUGCAAACAGAAGAUAGACUGCACCAAUUUUCACUGGGAUUCUCAGAUUCUUUACAACUCACAAAUACAACUCAUGAGAGUAACAUAAACACAUCAGUCACAUACGAAUAGACACAUAGUGGUGUCAAAAGCUUUGAGAUAGUUCUGUGAAUCACUGUUGAAAAGAGUGUUCUGUGUCCUCUCGUCUACCUAUCGUAUUAAAUAGACCAUUAUUUUGAAAGAUCCCCUCUGGCAUGUGUUAACAGGAUGGCCACCAGUCUGGAAAGACUCUGACAGUGCUUGUAUUUAACCUACUGGAAUCUCAGAGUUUGAGCCUUGUUCACUGCAUCUCAAAAUUCCCCCAUGAUACCAUUUUUAUACGUUAUAUUAUGUGCUGGUUUCUGGUUUAUUUGUGUCUUGCUGUGUUGAGGCUAGACCAAUUUUCUCAAAAUGACUUUUCACUUAUAUUCAAAACCCAAAAUACCCACAAUCAUAGUAGCAGCUGCUACUAAGUUUUACUUACAGUUUCCUUGAAGAAAUGGCCAGUAAUGAUCUGAUACUUUUUUUAUUUUAAUUUUAUGAGGAAAAGAAUGUUAAAAAUGUGUGUGUGUGUGUGUGUAUAUAUAUAUAUAUAUAUAUAUAUAUAUAUACAGACAGACAAAAACAUUUCACCAUUACUAGCUAUUUAGUGUUUGAAAGUCAGAACUUUUGACUUUAUUUGUUAUUUGGCGUAAAUGUUUUCUGCUGAUAUGCAAAAUAGUACAGAUUUAAUGAGACAUAAAUCUGGCAAAUUUUCCUCCUGAUGCAAUCAAAGUGUUUUCCCCCUAUUCCUGGGUGGUGCCUGGCUCAAAAUUUCUACUGGCAAAAGUAAACAAUUCAAGUAUAGUACUGUGCUGGGUUAGGUAUCUGUGAACAUCUACAUUAAAAUCAGAUGUUCAGUGAGCACAGAGAAACUUUCCACUUUCAGCAGAUGAAUGUGAAAACAUCCUUCUAGUGUCACUCUGCACAAACAGCAUUCAAACAGCACACUGUAGGGACAAGAAGAAACUCAGAUUUCUGACUGGAGGGGGGCUUUAAAAUGACCCAGUGGGAUACAGUAGGUAAUCUGGCAGACCAACUACUGCAAAGGCAGAACUUGUAUCUUGGAGUUCACUGGUUCAAUGGGCUGAUGUCACUUAUACUUGUUGCACUGUAUAGGCCCCUUUACACUUUAGUAUUAGUCCUGUUGGGAAGGUUUCUCUGAGUCUUCCUUUCAUUUCUAAAAGUGACACAUUAAAUACUUCCAUUUGGCCAGGAAUGCUUGUUGCAUGUUUUCCAGAGCAGCUGACUCAGUCUGUUUAUUGGUCAGUUUUUUCUGACUGAUUGCAUUUUUCAUUGUUUAGUCCCUCAUCCUGACACUCUGUGACAGCAGAAAUCCAACUUCAUUGAAAGCAGCAUGGGUCUUUUAUAUUAUAUAUAUUCUGUAAAUUUUGUGGUGAUGUGUCCAUUUCUGUAGUAAGUGAACGUUAAAGCUGCAGUAGGUAAUUUUUCUAAAAAUAACAUUUUGUCAUAUUUGCUGAAACUUUCACUAUAUCCUGACAGUAGAACAUGACAACAAGUUAUUUUUACCUACUGCAGCUCUAAUAGUGAAUUGUUUUGAUAUCAGGAAGCAACAGCAAUAGUCUUUUUUUUUUCUCAAUAAAAAUGCUGAUACUUAAAAAUAUAAAAUAUAAUAAAACAUGUUAUAUUUUUUGAGUUACAAAUGUAUAGCUUAUCUAAACAAUAGCUUUUGUCUUGUUUUUAUCAAAAAGUCGAUUUGGAAGAUUAUUAAACCAGCGUUUACACUAACACCUUCUCACCCAUCCUCCUUGUCUGCUGCUGGAAAAAGGUCACCUCCUCAUCCAAUUACAAGGAGAUGACAUGAAGAGUAAAAGUCUAAAACAAAGCGCCA